AUGCUGCAUUAUGCUUCGGAGAUUAGGGAAACAGAUAGCGAAAAAAUACUAUUUAAGAAGAGGCAAGUGAAUAAAGUCUAUAAUGGAUGGCCGUGUCGAAUUGAAGUAAAACUUUAUCGUACUGCACGCGAAAGAGAAAAGUAUGACAAUCUUGCUGAACUCUAUGCUGUUAUCAACACUAUACAAUGUUUACAAAAAGCAUAUAUUAAGGACUAUGUGGAAUCAAAAGAGUAUACUGCUGCCUGUUCAAAGCUUCUUGUCCAGUACAAAGCUGCAUUUAAACAAGUUCAAGGAGAUGAAUUUGCUACUGUAGAGGAUUUCAUGCGAAAAUAUAAAAUGGAUUGUCCAGCAGCUCUAGAGCGUAUUAAGGAGGGAAGACCGAUAACUAUCAAGGAUGAUAAACAAAAUAUAAAUAAAAGUAUUGCUGAUACUGUUUCCUUGUUUAUUACUAUUAUGGAUAAGCUGCGACUAGAUAUUCGCGCAGUGGAUGAACUCCAUCCAGAUCUUCGAGAAUUGUAUGAAACCCUUUAUCGGUUGAGUAUUCUACCUGCAGAUUUUGAGGGUAAAGAUAGAGUGAAAGCCUGUGGCUAGGGGAGUAGAGGCGUUUCUUGAGACGUCUUCGGGAAGCACGUUGAGGCCUCCAGAGGCUCUAACGAAGCCGAAGUGUUCCCAUCCAAUCAGAGCUUUCUAGAUUAUCAACGUGGCAUGCUACUAUUAGACGGUAGCAUAAAUUACCUCCUUGCUGAUUGGCUGGAUUAUAAUGAUGUCAUAGCCAACGCUAAUAAUUAUAAACACCCACGUUUUUCUGUGCAUUUUUGAUUCUUACCGAAUGAUCUUUUCCCUUGAAUCUUGUCUUCUGAUAUGCGACUGUGGGGUUCUACACGUUCAAGUGCCGGUAGUUGUAUAUCGUCUUAUACCAUAAUCAAGUAGGGGAUGUAAAAGCGAGUAGAGCUGGUGUAUACGGUAUCGCAGUUAUCUUCGGAGUGAUCACGUCCCGCAUUCAUAACACAACUAAUAAAUCAAACCUUUGUUUUGAACCGAAUCUUGCAGUUAAAAAAAGAAGGAAGAUCAUAAUUUCCCACUUGGAAAAUAUGGAAAGCCCAACUACAUAGUUGAAAACAUUUGAAAAACAAACUGGACUAGUAGAGUAAGUAGCAAUCAAUAUAAAAAUUUUAGCUUGACUAAAGUCGAUCAUUGCAUUCGUUUCUAUGAUGUUGAUGCUAAAACGAAAACUAAGUGGUUCUCCACAAUGUUUUGCAUAUAAAAGGUCAACUUGGAUCAGAAGGUAUAUGAAUUUCUAGAGUUGAACUCUUUCGAAUCUGAAGACAGAAACUUAACCCAUGCACUAUAGCUUGAGUUCCAGAGGAAUACAUAUCAAGGACAUAAUGGACGGAAAGUGGCGUAAAAUAUGGCGAAUGCUCACUGAAGAUGGUUACACUUCCUUGUUCAUUAAAAGAAACCUAGAGCCAAACAUUUACGUGAGAAUAACAUCUAUAGUCUUGAAAAAGCUAUUUUAUAAUUUAACAGUAUGAAGACCAGAUUAUCUCACUAAUACUUUCUAUAAAUGAAAAUGGUUAUUGCAGCUGAACUGGUGGAAAACUGAUAAUUGGAUACGAGUGAAACAUACUGACUAUUAAAAGCAUUUCCAGGAUAUAUUUCGAAUGAUUAAGGUUUGAAUAUAUGUUAAGUAGAUACUUGCUGUAAUAAUGCGCAAUUUAUCUUGAUAAUUCUAUACUGUACCAAUGUUAAGAUUGUCUCAUAAACCUAUUAUUCUUAAAAACAUCAAUAAGGCAGAUGUCGGGAAAUUGUGCAUACUUUAUUAUUAGAUUUAUUCUAAACGAUUCAUGAAAUUAACUUCAGUCUGUCAGUUAAGGCUUAGAAGUUUUCUCUUCUCAUAUAGGCUUUGAACGUGGAUUAAUGCCUGCCAGCUAUUCUUGUGAAAUCUGAAUCAACACUACUAGGCUACUGACAAUAAUUAAAGUAGUAUAAUUCCUCUUAUUAAAAUGUGUUGAACGCAGAUAAAUUUGCUAAGUUUUAGAACCCCCAUAGCAAAUUCAUAAAGUAGGGAUACCUGCUCUAACAAUUGUUCGUAAUAACUUCUACAAUAUCUACAGCUAUUCAUUCCUAUGCACUAUUAUGGCGCACAAUAUAUUAGGGUAAGCUUAUGAAAUCAUGUCUGAGUUAGUCCGUGUUGUAAAUUUAAAUGGUAGAUUUCGCGUCAUUCGUGUUUUGAAUACUAAGAAAAUGUGAUAAGAUUUAAUCACACUAAUUUUGGCAAUUAUGGCAAGUUAAAAAACCAUAUCAAUUAAAGAAAAUGAAUGUGCAAUUAAGAUGUCAAGUUGAAUACAUCUAUGAGAAAAUCAAUUUGCAAAAUCUUCAAUAAUUGAGUGAUUAACACAGUAAUUCUCCUCACCUAAGGUUUAUUUAUUGGAGGAACUUAGAUCUUAACAUCCACAAGUUAGAAUUGUAGAAUUUUAUUUAUGAUUCAGAGCAAUCAUAUUAUCAACGCAUGCUGGCUUACAAGUCUUGGUAAGCAAAAUGGCGUCAUCAAUAUCUCGAUGCCUUUUUUAACUAGCUAUGUAUCUCUCGCCAAGGAUGUGUUUAUUAUUAGCCUUUAGUAUGUGUACGGUAUUCGAAGUAGUACCAUAGUUCUAGUCACCUGAGCUGACAAAUUUGUUUUGUUAUCAAUACUGGAGUAAUCUUUGCAUCCAUCAACUGUCAGAAGCGAAUAAACUAAGUGCUUGUGUUACGUAAUUUUCAAAUGACAUAUUUAUAUUGUGAUUUCAAAUCAUACCCAUUCAAAGAUGCGAAGGAAAGCUGGAUUUCUCGUUUAGUAACCCAUUGUUUUCCUCAUUGUAGUCUACUUUUCGCAAUCUGCUAAUGCACAUUGGGUAAAAAUUCAUAGUACAAGCGUAUUUUCAAAUAUUUUGUCAGCACUGGUCGUCUCAGAGUUAUACUAUUCGCACUCGGGAAAAUACUAAGUAUAAAUACUACUAACUACUUUAAAUUUCCCGAAAUUCUAAUCUAAUGCUUGAUCAUUUGUUUCAAGAAAGUUCUGAAUAAGGCGGUUAUUCAUCAAAUAUUUUAACUCGAAGCAGCUUUACACGUUUGGGAUGUAAUAAACAAUAAUUGAAAGUACAGUCGUUAUCAUAAAUCUACAUGACAAGUUGUUAUGUAAAUUGAUGCAAAGUUCAGAACUUAUGCGUCUAUUUUAUGUGUCAUUGUGAAUAUAUUUGUUAUAUAUAAAUCCAGAUAAUGCCUAUAGUUUUCUUUCAUUCAUAUGAAAUUCCUAUAAAUAUAUAAACAUAUCUAUGCUUAUUUAUCUACAUUAUUCUUGCCUGUUUAAAAUAAAUAAGCUGAGAGACAAAAAUGAAUGAAUUAUAUGGUGGAAGUCAUUUUCGUACGGUUAGAUUCCUUCUUUUUGUUCUUCCUAAUACUAAUAUUAAUAAUGGUUGCCAGAUCUACCGUAACCUUGCAAAUUUCUCUUCUUUAUUGUAAUUAAAGAAAAAUUAUUCUGAUGCUUUAACUGAAGUGUACGAAUCAAGAGUUGAACACUUAAGUUGUACACUAACAACUGUAUAACUCAAGAUCCUUAAAUUUUAAACAUCUAACAAAUUUUUUUUUCAUACAAGUAUCCGUAUAAAG